GGCUCCGGCGGCGGCGGCUCCUGGCGGCCGCCCCCCUCUUCCUCGGCGCGGACCAUGUUCGCCAAAGGGAAGGGCUCGGCGGUGCCCUCGGACGGGCAGGCGCGGGAGAAGCUGGCGCUGUACGUCUACGAGUACCUGCUGCACGUCGGCGCCCAGAAGUCUGCGCAGACCUUCCUGUCCGAGAUCCGGUGGGAGAAGAACAUCACGCUAGGCGAGCCCCCCGGCUUCCUGCACUCCUGGUGGUGCGUGUUUUGGGACCUGUACUGCGCAACUCCCGAAAGGCGAGACACUUGUGAACAUUCGAGUGAAGCCAAAGCCUUUCAUGACUACAGUGCAGCUGCUGCCCCGAGUCCCGUGCUUGGAAACAUUCCCUCGAAUGACGGGAUGCCUGGGGGCCCCAUCCCGCCCGGGUUCUUUCAGGGACCGCCUGGGUCACAGCCCUCGCCACACGCACAGCCUCCACCCCACAAUCCUAGCAGCAUGAUGGGACCCCACAGUCAGCCGUUCAUGUCACCGCGCUACGCCGGAGGUCCCCGGCCCCCCAUCAGGAUAGGCAACCAGCCCCCGGGUGCCGUUCCCAGUACACAGCCAUUGCUGCCCAAUUCAAUGGAUCCCACGCGACAGCAAGGGCACCCUAACAUGGGCGGCCCCAUGCAAAGGAUGAACCCUCCACGAGGGAUGGGCCCCAUGGGUCCCGGUCCGCAGAACUACGGCAGCGGCAUGAGACCUCCACCCAACUCCCUAGGUCCUGGCAUGCCUGGAAUUAACAUGGGGCCGGGCGCUGGUAGACCGUGGCCGAACCCCAGCAGUGCUAACUCAAUCCCAUAUUCUUCUUCAUCGCCUGGUACAUACGUGGGUCCGCCCGGUGGUGGUGGCCCUCCAGGGACACCCAUCAUGCCCAGCCCUGCAGAUUCAACAAAUUUAAGUGGCAACAUCUACACAAUGAUUAAUCCAGUAUCGCCCGCAGGCAGUCGAUCGAAUUUCCCGAUGGGCCCCGGCUCUGACGGCCCCAUGGGCGGCAUGGGCGGGAUGGAGCCCCAUCACAUGAACGGAUCGUUAGGGUCAGGAGACAUAGAUGGACUUCCAAAAAAUUCUCCAAACAACAUAAGUGGCAUUAGCAAUCCCCCAGGCACUCCAAGAGACGACGGGGAGCUGGGAGGCAACUUUCUCCAUUCCUUCCAAAAUGACAAUUAUUUCCCCAGCAUGACGAUGAGUGUGUGAUUUCCCUCCCCCUCCUCCUCUCCAGGAUCAAGAGAGUCAGCUGCCAUUCGGAGGAUCUCAACGAAUUAUGCAA